CAAGGAUCUGAUUGCUGUCCUGUAAUCCUCUUAAACUGCAUUAAUUUAAUUAAAUUUAAAGGACUCUUGUUGUUUGUAGCUGACCAUAAUGUCUGGCAGAGUGAUUGAUCUGGAGGAGACGGCGACGCAUACAGAUGAGCGUCCAAGAGUAUGAACUGCUUAAAGAAGAGGAUGAAGGAUGUCUGAAGAAAUACAGGAGACGAUGCAUGGAAGAGAUGCACAGCAAGCUCAGCUUUGGGCCCAGGUUUGAAGGUGUGCAUGACCUGGACAGUGGCGAGGCCUUCCUCGAAGUCAUCGAGAAGGAGCAUCACAGCACAGUGGUGGUCGUUCACAUUUACAAGAUUGGGGUGAAAGGAUGCGAGCAGCUCAAUAGCUGCCUGGACUGCUUGGCCACAGAGUAUCCCACUGUCAAGUUCUGCAGGAUUGAUGCCGUCUCAUCCGGUGCUGCCGAGCGUUUUUCGGAUGAGUAUUUACCUACGCUGCUGGUGUACAAGGCCGGGGAGCUCAUAGGAAACUUCCUGUCCUGCACACAGCAUAUGAACGAGGAGUUCUUUGCUACCGAUGUUGAAGCUUUCCUCAACAGUUACGGUCUGCUCCCAGAAAAAGAGCUGCCUGGGGUGGAGGAUGAAGAAGAAAAUGAUGUAGAAUAAAAAAGAAGGAGGAAAUCAUCUACAACAAGAGGUUCGGAAAACUAAAUAAAUCGGUAUAUAAAUGAAAUAUCCAACUUUUAUUUUUGACUUCGACAAAGAGAAGAUACAAAUAUUUUCCUCUAUAACACUAGUGUUGGAUUAUUUCUUGAAUAUAUAUUUUAUGCAUAUGUACAGGUUUUGAAAAACGUUUGAUACUUGGAUAAAGGAUUUGCUAAAUAAUGAUCAGAAAACACUGCAUUCCUCAUUAUCAGCUUAAAAAAAGCCAAAACAGGAUAACUGUAAAGAUAAACACAUUAGUGGGUUUUUUUUUUUUUUUUUUGCUGUUUGCUUUUCAUUUUAAGGAGAUAUUUAAUGCUGUCGAUUCAUUCUCAGUAUUUUUUUUUUAGAUUUGAAAGUAUGGAUGUAUACUCUGGAAAUGUUCACCCAUGAGCUAUUCCUCUUGUAAUGUGACAUAUUACACACUUGUCCUGUAUAGUAUUUGGUUUGUAUGUUUUUUCUGAUGAAUAAAUUAAUGGUAAUAAAAACCUUG